AUGCAGAAGCUUAUAGACGCGUACAACAUUGACGACUCGUUCUUCGAUCAUGUCGUCUCAUUCGGAGACAAGCCGCGUACCUCUGAUGCUGGCCAUGGGGGCAUGACGGUGAGGGAAGGAGAAGACGGGUCUUUUGAUAUGCAAUACCGGUUCACCUACCCCGAGAGUUAUAAAGUUCGAGGUUCGACCAAAUUCACCAAGCGGCAGAUUUCGGUCUUUCAUCGAUAUAGUGUAUCAGGUGCAGGAACUCUCUGGAUCUUUCUGAAUGCUCGCCCCAAUUCAGAGCUUCAGUCGAGGCUUGAAAAAGUCCUGACAAUCAGUCGUGAGGAUGUCACCCCAGAUUGGUUCUCCCUGCACCUGCUCGUCUUCGCUACCUAUCUUGGCAACUGGAGAGGAUCCUUGCAGCAUCUAGGCGAAACCAUUGAGGAAGCAGCCGAUAUCGCCCUCACAAUGGAUCUCUCAGAACUCAAAAUCGUGAGCGAAAACGAGAGCCUCGUCCGACUGCUACAUCCGCAGUACCUUGGUAGCACAUUGAAGCCGCUCUCGUCUGAGUUGGAGACCACUUUGAUCACCAUUCGCAAGUUGGCCGUGGUCAAUGAGCAGUUUCUCUCGAAAAAUAUUGCAACAGACACGCAGCACCGAAAACUUGCGAACGCAACUGCCUACUAUACAUCAACCCUCGAGGGCCACUUAAAGAGCGUCGAUGCUCUGGGGCAAAGAGUUCAAGAUUUCUCAAGCUUCCUGGCCACGGCCUUAACCCUAAACAGUCAGACUCGUAUGCUGCAGUUAGCUGACGCAUCCGUUGAGGACAAUGCCAAUGUUUUCGUCGUCACGAUAGUCAGCUUAUUUUACUUGCCCGCAAGCUUUGUUGCGACCUUCCUUGGAAUGAAUCUCUUCGACUUUGAUGGGCCAGAUGAUGGAGAUUUCGCAACAUCGAAGAAAUUCUGGAUUUUCUUCGCCGCAACAGUGCCUCUGACUUGUCUUACUGUGGGAUUCUGGUAUAUUCUCACAGGACGUCGGGAGCGAGCAAGAAAGCAGCCGAAACCGGGCUCUUGA